CCCCCGCCGCUCCGCUCGCGGGGCCCGAGAGGACCAUCCGGAACCUGCCGAGCGGACCCGGAAACACCCGAGUGUAUCCGGAAACACCCGAGCGCACCCGGAAGGAGCCACGGGCUGCAGCCUGGCAGUGCGAAACCAGGCUUUGAGCGCUGGCAAUGGCGGCGGCGGCGGCGGCGGCGGCUGCAACUGCGAGCGAGAACGGGCAGCGGCAGCCCCCGGCGGAACCAAACCCAACAAUGAGGGGCGAUAGUUUGGAGGCAGAGGCUGGAGAGCUGGGGAGGCUCAAAGCCCAGCUCGGGGCAGCCCUGGCAGAGAUGGAGAACAUGAAGGCCGUGGCAGAAGUGAGUGAGAGCACCAAGGCCGAGGCUGUGGCGGAGGUGCAGAGGCAGUGCCGGGAGGAGGUUGCAUCCCUGCAGACCAUCCUCAAAGACUCCAUUAGUAGCUAUGAGGCUCGAAUCUCUUCUUUGGAGCAAGAGCGGAAACAGCAGCUGCAAGACCAGGAGGCAAGAGAGAGGGAACUGAGCCGGCUGAAGCAGCUUCUUUCUCGUUCUCAUCCUCUGGACUCCUUGGAAAAGCAAAUGGAAAAGGCUCAUGAGGAUUCAGAGAAACUUCGGGAGAUCGUGCUGCCCAUGGAGCAGGAGAUUGCCGAACUGAAGGGGAAGCUGCUGAGGGCAGAGGAACUGAUCCAGGAAAUCCAGGGUGGCCAGGGCCGUGCCCAUCCCCAGCACUCUCUGCAUGGCUCCACAGAGCUGCUCUCUCUGCCCCGGAACCCCUCCCCGCCCCUGGAGCCACCCGAAGAUCUGGCUGUAGAUGGGGGAGCCGCCGCCGAGGUCUUUGCCCGGAACUGUGAUGACAGCGCCUCUAUCUCUUCUUUCUCACUGGGAGCUGGCAGCAGUGCCUCACUGCCCCGUGGGCGGCGGGGAAUGAGUCCUGAGCAGGAGGAGACCGCCUCCCUCGUCUCCACGGGGACCCUGGUUCCUGAAGGCAUCUACCUGCCGCCCCCAGGCUACCAGCUAGUGUCAGAGCAACAGUGGGAGCAGCUGCAGCUUGAGGGGCGGCAGCAGCAGGAAUCUUUGCAGCAGCUUCAGAGGCAGCUGGAGAGUGCUGGCCGAGAGCGUGACGAGCUUCAGGAGGCCCUGAGGCGGAGCAGUGAAGACUGCGCCAAGCAGGUUCAGGUCCUGCUGGCGCAGGUGCAGAACUCGGAGCAGCUUCUACAGACCUUGCAGGGAACAGUGAGCCAGGCUCAGGAGAGGGCCCAGCAGCAGAUGGCAGAAUUGGCUGCCUCUCACAAGCGUGUCUGCCAUGAAAUAAAGCGGCUAAACGAAGAGAACCAAGGCCUUCGUUGCCGGCAACCCAUGCCUUUAGGCCCCCAAGUUCAAGAGCAAGAACGGGGAGAAGAGGAGCUGCUGCUGCCCACAUCUCCCCUGGAGCUACAGCAGCUGGUGCGAAGCACCCGGCAGGAGGCCCGGGAAUGUCAGCGUGCCCAGGAGCACGAAGCCGAGCGACUCCGCAUCGAAAUCGUGACCCUGAGAGAGGCUUUGGAAGAGGAGACGGCCUCGAGGGCUGCUCUGGAGAGGGAGCUGAGAGUUCAGCGAGAGGAAACGGAGGUUUUAGAGGCCUCCCUGUGUAGCCUAAGAACAGAGAUGGAACGGAUCCAGCAGGAGCAGAGCAAGGCAGAGCAGCAGCUUCAGGCAUCCCAGAGGCAGCCGCCCCCCCCAGCUGUCAGUUGGACUGAGGAGAAGGCUCAACUCACAAACGUUCUCUCAGAACAAAGGGCAAAGGUGUUACGGCUUCAGGCUGAGCUGGAGACAAGUGAACAAGUACAGAGGGACUUUGUUCGGCUGUCCCAGGCCCUGCAGGUACGCCUGGAGAGGAUCCGCCAGGCAGAGACCCUGGACCAAGUGCGAAACAUUGUGGACGAGACCCCCCUUAGAGAUGUGAAAGACAUAAAGGACACCUGAACACAGCAGGAGGCCAGGCAUCAAAACCUGCCAUCUCCCCUUCCUCCCACUUGUCUCUGGGGAAAGAACCUGCCUUCUUAAACUCCAGUAAAAUCAAGGAUUUCUGGGGUUUGGGGAUGAUGAAACGUAGCCUUCUAGCCCCUCAGGGCUUCCCUGAGUCCCCUUCCUCUGAGCCAGCGGUGGAGGGGCUCGACAUGUCCCAUCUAGAUUCCUUCCCUCCCAUAGCAGGUAAACUGGGCCUUUCUGCUCUCAGGGAUGACAGCCGAGAGAGGGUUGUGACCCCUCCUUCCCCAGCCAAAGGCGCAAGAGCAUGUUCUUGAAGCUCUAGGGCCCCCUACCCACACUGCCCUUCAGCCAGUACUGACACUAAUUCAGCUUCUGAACCGUUUGGUCCCAUGGACCGUCUCCCCAUCUUUGUUACAGCAGCCCUUCCCUCUUCCCGGUCCCCUCUGCAGAGCCCUGGGGCUAACAGGGACACCUCAGCACAUGUGUAGGAUGCUCCCUGGCCACAGCUGCUUUCAUGUGCGUGUGACACCAAUGUGCUUUCAGGAAGGGUCAUAUAUGACUUAACCAGACUUGCUUUUGUUCUCACACAUGGAGGUCCAGGCCAGAGUUUGCUCUCAUUUAAUGUCAAUAAAUUAGCAGCUCAGA